GCUAAAAAAAAAAAGCUAAUACUUUAGAGGGGAGCUGGCAGUUUCUCCCCGAUGUGCCUUUUCUGUGAGGGAAAGUGAAGGAGGUGGGAAGGAAGUCGGGUCACCAAGGAAGCCGAGAAAGCUGAACCCGAGACUGACCUGAGGUGAAACAAUAAUACGAACGACCAAAAAGAGAGCAUUCGCCUUCAGAAUAAGGCAUCAGGAUCCCAGCUCUUAAUAAAAGUGGCAAAAUCUGAUGCCAAAGCAAAGAUGCCUUCAUUGUUUAACAAGAAACAUAUCCAAAUAUACUGCAGAUAUUAAGUCUUUGCCUCCCAACAUAAAAGAUAAGCUGAUUAAAUCAUUGAGUAUCCAAGGAUGGAUAACAGAUACAAAUAUUAGCAUGGUUCUUCACCCUGCAGUAGAGGCACUGGAUCUUCGAGACUGUGAAAUUUCAGACCAUGCCUUGCAACAGCUUUGUAACUGCAGGCAUCUUAAAAAGAUAAAUGUAAAUGUUUGGAAAAACAACAGGCUGACCAUAACUUCUGAAGGAGUUGCAGCAUUGGCCUUAUCGUGCCCCUAUCUGCAGGAAGCCUCCUUUAAGAGAUGCAGCAACCUAACAGACAGUGGAAUCCGUGCUCUUGCCCUCAACUGCCCCCUUUUACAAAUAGUCAACAUAGGUGGAUGCUUCAACAUCACAGACACAUCUUUACAAGCCCUUGGGCAGAACUGUAGAUCCCUGCACAGCGUUGAUUUUUCAUCAACCCAAGUCACUGAUGAUGGGGUGAUGGCACUUGUUCGUGGAAUGUGUUCAAACAAUUUAAAGGAGAUCCAUAUGGAACGAUGUGUUAAUUUGACAGAUACAGCUGUGGAAGCUGUCCUCACUUACUGUCCUAUGAUAUAUAUUCUUCUGUUUCAUGGAUGCCCACUCGUAACAGAUCGUUCCCGAGAAGCACUGGAGCAGCUGGUUGGGCCCAAAAAAUUCAAGCAGGUUUCGUGGACUGUUUAUUGAUUUUUGUUUGAAAUCACAAGGCACUACUUCUUUUAUUUUUUCCCCCCCAAGGGAUCAUUUCUGAGAGUCUUCUCAGAAGUUCUGAUUAGUAACAACAUUUGCUGUUGAUAACUGUAGUUUCAGUUGGAGAAGAGCAAACAUGCUAUUCAUGUUUGUUUUUCUCCAAGCUAGGUCGUAUCAGUAUUCUGCAUUUUUGUGAAGCUUUGGGGCACUACUUCUCAAAAAAAAAAACAUUUUUACUAAUAAAAGACCAAUAGUAAAUGUGGGAAUGCAAAAAGCAGAAAGAACACCAGUAAGCUAAUGAAGCAAAUUUCAUGGAAGCAUCUUGUGCUGUCUGCUCUGCUGUCAUUUAGGUGAGGACCAGUUCUAUUUCUAGGCAUCCAUUGUAACAGGAGCCAUAGUUUGUUUGUAUCUGAAUAAAACCUUCUUCAAGUUUGA